AAACCUUUUCAAAUAUUGUACGGUGAGGAAGUCGGAAUGAAGUCGGUGGGCAUGGCACUGCAUUGGUGAAAGCCGAGAAAUGGCGUCAAAGGAAGAGCUAGGAGUGCCUGCUGAAGAGCGGCCUCUGUGCGGAAGCACAGCGGCUAAUUCAUCCGGCAUGUCGUGUGGAAAUCUGAAAUAUCGCUUUCUGAUGACUGGCAUUGCGUGUCUUGACAUAGUAAAUGUUUGUCCUCGCUUUCCCGAAGAGGAUGAAGACAUGCGAGCUGUGGGGCAGGAGUGGAGGCGAGGUGGCAACGCUUCGAACAGCUCGUGUGUUAUGUGCCAGCUUCCUGGCGCACGCUGCUGGCUUCUGUCCACUCUAGCCAGCGACGGGUUCGAGACUGAGUUUGUGCAGCGAGACCUGGAGCAGAACGGUGUGAAGUUGGAUUACUGCGUGCGCCAUGAUGACUGUCGCCUACCGACGUCCUACGUAGUGUUGAGUCAGGCCACCGGAUCACGUACUAUCGUGCACUAUCGUAAGCUACCCAAUCUGGACUUUGCUGAUUUCGAUCGCAUCCCAUUGGAGCAUUUCAGCUGGGUGCACUUUGAGGCUCGUAACAUGACCGAAGUCAGUAAGAUGAUUGAGAAACUGACCAGGCACCAGCAGUGUCAACCUGAUCAACGCCUGACAAUAUCUGUUGAAGUGGAGAAGACACGGCGAGAGACGUAUCCGCUCAUGGGCAUGGCUGACGUUGUAUUCAUCAGCAAGGAAGUAGCUCAGGAUCUUGGCCGCAACGACGCUAAGUCGGCAGUAGUGCAGCUGCACUCGUUGCACUGUCGCAAGGAUGCAAAGCUGAUAUGUGCAUGGGGCAGCUGUGGAGCGGAUGGGUUCAGUCAGAGCGAGGGCCAUGUUCACUGCGAUGCAUUUCCACCCGAGUCUCUAGUGGACACGCUGGGAGCAGGUGACACGUUCAACGCCGGUGUACUGUACGGCCUGGAGAGUGGCGCGUCGUUAUUCGAAUCCAUACGACUGGGAUGCUGGCUAGCUGGCCGAAAGUGUGGUCGCCUGGGUGUAGGCAAUCUGCUCGAUGGCCUAUCGGAAUCAGACACAGUAUACAGUCUGGUUUCAGGUCAGCAACACUGACUCAACGCCGGUGUACUGUACGGCCUGGAGAGUGGCGCGUCGUUAUUCGAAUCCAUACGACUGGGAUGCUGGCUAGCUGGCCGAAAGUGUGGUCGCCUGGGUGUAGGCAAUCUGCUCGAUGGCCUAUCGGAAUCAGACACAGUAUACAGUCUGCUUUCAGGUCCAGCAACACUCACCGAUCGUUACGCUAUAUCCAGUGCAGAGCGCUGGUGUGCUAAAUUUCGAAUAACAUUUUCAAAUUCGCUAUAGUCUUGAUACUCAACAAUUGUUUUUUUCCCAUAUUUCCCCUCAGCGGUAACGUUAGUCUUUAUCCUCGCAGCAACCUUGCUCAAACUAUCAGACCGUUGAUUUUAGAUCCGACAAUAUUUGAAGGUUUGCGUAUGGCAGAACUGUUGAUUUCCAUAAUAUUUUUUAAAGAGUGUAGCUUCGGUCUGUGUAUUCCGCUUUUUGAUUUCGGCAAAUUGAGCCUUCUACGGACGUUGGAUGAACUUCACAAGGUGAAAAUAGUGUAAGUAGUGGUUUUGGAAUACCUAUAGUCAUUAUCAAAGUUUUAUUUUCUAUUGUUGCCAGGUUUGGCUUGGUUUCUGUGUACUACUCUGAUGGGUGUGAAAAUGACCAAACAGUACUGUCCACUAUUGCUAGUCUAUUUUAUUUUCGGAACUAUGCUUCGGCAUGAAUGUUGACAGGCGACAAGACAUUGUCCAGCCCCUCA